AUGAUCAUAGCACAUGAGUUACCCUUUUCGUUUGUAGAGUACCACUGGUUUAAUUACCUAAUGAAGACUAUGAAUCCUCUGUAUGAAAAAGUUAGUACGUCUACAAUCACUCGAGAUUGCAUAAAAGUUGUAGAUGUAGAAAAAGAGAGGAUAAAGAAAACUUUGAAAAAGGCUGAGAUGGUAUCCCUCACCAGUGACUGUUGGACAUCUAACCAAACGAUUGGUUACAUGUGUUUAACGGCUCACUUUGUUGAUUGUGAUUGGAAAUUGCAAAAAUGCAUUAUAGGUUUCAAUGAGCUUGCACCACCCCAUAGCGGUGAGGUUAUAUCCGAUGGUAUCUUAGAGUGUCUUAUAAAAUGGGGUAUCCAAGACAAAAUAGGUACCAUCACUUUAGACAAUGCAUCGAACAAUGAUAGGGCAGCCAACAUUUUGAUGAGUAAUUUUAAGGGAAAGGGGAAGUUACACUUUGAUGGUUUGUUUUUUCAUAUAAGAUGUUGUGCUCACAUCUUAAACUUGAUAGUGCAAGAUGGUUUAGGAACUAUCGAAUCAAGUCUUGUAAAAAUUAGAGAAGGUGUCAAAUAUUUGAGGAAGUCUUCAGGUCGUUUAUUGAAAUUUGGUGAAAUAGCAAUAACACUUGGCAUAUCAACUAAUCGGUCUUUAUGUACCGAUGUAAAAACUAGGUGGAACUCAACGCACCGUAUGCUUGAAUCGGCUAUUCACUAUAAACAAGCUUUUCUAGGUUAUGCGUUGAGAGAUUCCAACUUUGUGUGGUCCCCCACAGUUGAUGAAUGGAAUCGUGCCGAAAGAGUUUGCAAUCUACUUGUAGUUUUUUUAAAAGCUACUAAUUUGUUUUCCGGUACAUCGUAUCCAACUUCAAACUUGUUUCUUAUUGAAAUUUAUGAAGUGAAGAAAGAGAUAUGUAAUGCAUUUUUUUCGAUGAUACUUUCUUGA